AUGAGACGUCUCGUUCAGUAUCUCUUCCUACCAGUACUUGCAUCCACUGCCACCCUUGUCAACCAUACUGUAGACGAUCAGUACGGCGACAGCGUUUCAGGUGUCCUUCCCGCGUACACCCCCCGUCACCAAUGGGCCUAUGGCCCUCAAUGCUCAGGUUGCAGUAUAUAUCCCGAUACCCACACUCAUACUGGACCCAGCGCAGCCGGAGCAGCGGUCGAUAUGACCCAGGCUUUCCGUGGCAGCUGGCACGACACUACCGACACACAUACGGGUGCCCCUUCAACCGUCUCAAUAACAUUCGUUGGACAGGCAGUUUACGUGUACAACAUCAUUGCCAACUCGAUCCCAACGGUCACUACAUUGACCAGCCUCGUUUUCGCCUUCAAUGGCACUGUUGUUGGCAAUUAUACUCACCAACCCGACUCCUCCGGUCUUCUGUUGCUGUAUCAGGUUCCGGUAUACGUCAAUACGAGCCUACCACAUGGCACCCAUAACCUAACGAUCUCGACUUCGGGGCCGGAAAAUUCUCUGCUGUUAUUCGACUACAUCACCUACACA